AUGCUGAACUGGAAUUUGCCAUUCAGCCUAAUACAACUGGCAAACAACUUUUUGACCAGUGUUUUGGAGCAGCACAAAUUAACAAAAGAACAGUGGGAAGAAAGAAUCCAAAAUUGGCAUGAAGAACAUAGAGGAAUGCUAAGGGAAGAUUCUAUGAUGGAAUACCUGAAGAUUGCACAAGAUCUAGAAAUGUAUGGAGUUAACUAUUUUGAAAUAAAAAAUAAGAAGGGAACGGAAUUAUGGUUAGGUGUUGAUGCUUUGGGUCUGAAUAUUUAUGAGCAUGAUGACAAGUUGACUCCAAAAAUUGGUUUUCCCUGGAGUGAAAUCAGAAAUAUUUCAUUUAAUGACAAAAAAUUUGUUAUAAAGCCGAUUGACAAGAAGGCACCUGAUUUUGUAUUUUAUGCACCUCGUCUGAGAAUCAAUAAGCGAAUUUUGGCUUUAUGUAUGGGAAACCAUGAACUAUACAUGCGAAGAAGGAAACCUGAUACAAUUGAAGUACAGCAAAUGAAGGCUCAGGCCAGAGAAGAGAAACAUCAGAAGCAGUUAGAAAGGGCACAACUAGAAAAUGAAAAGAAGAAAAGAGAAAUAGCAGAAAAGGAAAAGGAAAGAAUAGAACGGGAAAAGGAGGAGCUAAUGGAACGACUAAGGCAAAUUGAAGAGCAGACAAUGAAAGCCCAGAAAGAACUAGAAGAACAAACUCGGAAAGCCCUAGAACUGGACCAGGAACGAAAACGAGCAAAAGAAGAAGCAGAAAGACUUGAAAAGGAGCGUCGAGCUGCUGAAGAGGCAAAAUCAGCCAUAGCAAAACAAGCUGCUGAUCAGAUGAAAAAUCAGGAACAACUAGCAGCAGAACUCGCUGAAUUUACUGCCAAGAUUGCACUCCUAGAAGAAGCCAAGAAGAAAAAGGAGGAGGAAGCUUCUGAGUGGCAGCACAAAGCUUUUGCAGCCCAGGAAGACUUGGAAAAGACCAAAGAGGAGUUAAAGACAGUAAUGUCUGCUCCACCUCCACCAGUUAUUCCUCCGACAGAAAAUGAGCAUGAUGAACAUGAUGAGAAUAAUGCUGAGGCUAGUGCUGAAUUAUCAAAUGACGGGGUCAUGAACCAUAGAAGUGAGGAGGAACGUGUAACAGAAACACAAAAAAAUGAGCGUGUUAAGAAGCAACUCCAGGCAUUAAGUUCAGAAUUAGCCCAAGCCAGAGAUGAAACCAAGAAAACACAAAAUGAUGUUCUUCAUGCAGAGAAUGUUAAAGCAGGUCGUGAUAAGUACAAGACUCUGCGGCAGAUUCGACAAGGCAAUACAAAGCAGCGUAUUGAUGAGUUUGAAGCAAUGUGAGAGCUGUUAUUUUGCAUACAUGUUCUUCAUAAGCUGAACCACCAACAGAGAAAAGCAGGCCUUUGCAGAUGUGAUGGAAUGCAUCCCACCUUGCCAAAGCACUUAUACCAGUUUGACUGUGGUGGCUGAAAGACAUACUUAAGGGAAAGUUCUUCAGCUUUAAGGCAGUGAUACCAUGCUUGGUUUUCUUUUCUUUUAGGGUCAGGGAAUGGAGAACAAUGUUUCAUCACCCCCUUUCACAUUUUUCAUUUCCUUUUAUUUUUGUUGUUGUUUUGAGGAUUAACACUAACUAUCCUGUCUAAAUGUGUUUGUGUGUUUAAGCACUUUGUACAUUUUAAAGGAUGAUGGUGACUUGGUGGUGGGAGUUAUGUUGGAGCACUCUGUUCCCUUGCCCCUUCCAUAUUCUGCCUGUAUGUAUUUCCAUAUUUUUCUCUCAUUUAUAUUUUCCAUUUUCUCAUGCCGACAGCCACUGUUCCUCCUCGGAGCUUUGGCAGCAUUUAAAAUCGGGGUAGGUGGCAGGGUGACAGCCUUUGAUUAUGUACAAGGUAGCUAUGAAUCAUGAAAAUGAUGAUAAUGUUUAAUAGUACAGUAUGCAGCUGGUGGCUAAUUUUUUAAUCCACAAUUAGCCAUAUUACUGGAUAUGUUUGUUUAAUUAAAGUCAUCACUUACUGCUGAAUUGAUUAGCAUUUUUUCUCAUACCUUCCUUUGGUUUUCUUUGCCUGCCUAUCCACAUGUGUAUAGACAAACAUGUGGUUUACUAGAAGAAUUUAUGAAUGACGGCUCUACCUGCAAAUAACAGUUGUCUCUGAAAGAUAUUGAAAGAGAUAGAUUAGUUUAGAAAUUAAUUUAGAAAAACUGAUACUAAAUAAAAGCAAGUAUGGAUUUGCUAGUAAUUGGCUAUCUACAAUCAUUAAAAGCCGUUUUUAGAAGGACAGCAUAUGAAAGCAUAAGUCCCAGGAGGGAACAGUGAUACUACCUCACUCAACUGCACCUGAGAUUACUGGUUGUCCAAACACAAUGAAGUCUGUACCUGUUUGUUCUGCAAAACAUCACACUUUCAGUCAUGAGGAAUAUUUUUGAGAGAUUACUUUUUCCUUCAGAAUAUAUUGAGUGCUAAAUUUUUAACUGCCUUUUUGUUGAGCUGAAUUGUGGGGUUGUGAUUCCAUUACGCUUGUCAGAUAUCCUUGGGAUAUUUUCUUCCAGCUGGUAUUUUGUGUGUGUGUGUUUGUGUGUGUGUGUGUGUUUCUGUGUCUCGAAGAAAGUGUGUAUGUGCGACUGUAUGAGUGUGUUAAUGAGCGUGAGAGGGGGAGAGAUUUCCCUUGUAGCAUACGAAGAAUGUCUGUACCUUCAUUUCUUGAUUUAAUUGUUACAUAAUCAUUUUAGUAUAUUUGGUUUCUAAAUCAUUGUUUUUGUUUUUUUUUUUAAAUGUCUAAGAAUACUUAAAUUGGAUUUAUUGAUUCUAUUUUGGGGGUUAUAACUUUAGAUUAUGUUCAUUUCAAUUAUGUGAUAUAAAGAAAUCUUUCCAGUUUGGGAGAUGUUUAAAUAUUCCUAUGUUCUAACAUCUUAAUUGUAAAACAUGAAGAUUUGAAGAUAAGGAAAGCCUUGUUUUCUCUGUGUGGUUCAGCUACUUUCCAUUUUGGUAUUAUGCAGUCAAAUUUACAUUUAUCUAUUAAAAUUGCCAUUUUGUUAAACAUUUUUCUUGCAUAGUAGAUCUAAGUUGAGUCUGAAAAUGUCUUGGGCUUUUGGUUUUGCUGGCUUUAAAAGGAUUAAUCUGGGCAGGCAUUAUAAAAAGGAAAAUUGCAUUUAAUAUAUUUUUCAACUUAAUAAGACAAAAAUAAACUGGUUAAUCUUGAAGUGACUGUUGUAUAGUGGUUGUGCAUAUGCUUCAAAAUACUGGGGGAAGAGUUUCUACAUGCAGCAUAUUAGAGGAACAGAGCUGAACUCUUCUAUGCAUGCUUUAAAUGAUGCCUUCACUUCUAAAACCAUUUAAGCAAUUGCCAGAAUGGGAGAAACCUUGGACUUUCCUUGGAUUUUUAUUAGUCUUCAAUUGAAUUGUGUGCACUACCAUUACUACAUCAGUUUGGUAUCAGUGUUGAAAAUUACCAGUUAUAUUUGCUGUUUAUAAUCUAUAUGUAGAUUAGGAUUGAAAUGGAUUUUAUCCAUUUUUUUUAAGGCUGUGUGACUUUUUCUAAACAGAAACGACUAUUGCAGUAUGGGUUUUCAUAGUGAUUAAACUAAUAAUGACUUUAUUAUUCGAAGUUGAGCACAUGUUCAUAUAGCAGUGUAAAAAUACAGUAUUUGGUAAAUUCCAUCAGGCUUUUACCAUAGACAUUAUUUUGUGUUGUACAAUUUAGUUACAGUUAUUUCUAUAAUUUUGGAUAACAUUCAUUGAUUAACAAUAAAGUGAUGAAAGUUCAUGCCUUCAA